AAACCCUAACUUCAUUUGCUUUCUUCUUGUGUAGUCGAGCGAGAUAACGCAUAGGAGGCAGUAUGGCUGAAAGAGGAGGCUUCGGACGUGGCUUUGGCGGCAGAGGGAGAGGCGACCGUGGAGGCAGAGGUCGCGGUGGACGCCGUGGCCGCCGUGACACCGAGGAGGAGAAAUGGGUGCCGGUGACGAAGCUCGGCCGCCUCGUGAAGGAAGGUAAAAUCCGAUCUCUGGAGCAAAUUUACCUUCAUUCACUCCCCAUCAAGGAGUACCAGAUCGUCGAUACUCUCAUCGGCCCAUCAUUGAAGGAUGAGGUGAUGAAAAUCAUGCCGGUCCAGAAGCAGACCCGGGCCGGACAGAGGACCCGGUUCAAGGCCUUCGUCGUCGUCGGAGAUGGAAACGGCCACGUCGGUCUCGGAGUCAAGUGCUCUAAGGAAGUCGCCACUGCCAUUCGCGGCUCCAUCAUAUUGGCCAAGCUCUCUGUGAUUCCUGUCAGGAGAGGCUACUGGGGUAACAAGAUCGGUAAGCCUCACACUGUUCCCUGCAAGGUAACCGGAAAGUGUGGCUCCGUUACCGUCCGGAUGGUCCCAGCUCCCCGUGGUGCCGGAAUUGUCGCGGCUAGGGUUCCCAAGAAGGUGCUCCAGUUUGCUGGUAUUGAAGAUGUCUUCACAUCCUCCCGUGGCUCCACAAAGACCCUUGGAAACUUUGUGAAGGCCACUUUUGACUGUCUCUCGAAGACAUAUGGAUUCCUUACUCCCGACUUCUGGACUGAAACUAGAUUUGCGAAAUCUCCAUUCGAGGAAUACACUGAUAUCUUGGCCAAGCCCACGACCAAGUUUGUCACAAUCGAAGAGAUUCCUGAUAAGGUUGAUGCAUAAGCCUUAAAUUUACUGCUAGAACUUUUUUCAGUGGGGAUAUGUUUGUUUAAAUUUUGUCUGGGACAAGUGAUUUUCCUCUUUAUGUUAUUCUAUACAAUCUUGUUCUUUUUUGUCUUAUGGACCUGAGAUUAUUAUGUCUUUUCAAUCACUAGAAUUUCUUCUUCAUAAGAGAUGAUGAAUGUUUAUGCAAA